AUGGCUUUCCUGUUGUUAGCCAUCUCUUACCUGCUGGGUGAUGGAAACUUGAACCCAAAUACAGCUUGCCUGCGUGCUGGAGGUGCCUUUGGUGUCUUGUCCGCUUUUGCUGCUUGGUACAUCGCGCUAGCGGGCUUGCUCAACGAGAGCAAGAGCUAUUUCAAGCUGCCAGUGUGUCCACUGCCUUGA